ACAUGGCUGGUGUACCUGUCGUCGCCGCUAAACCUGAGGCAGGACGGGUCGACGCUAGCAGCGGACGUGCCGUUCACGGGGACGAUGCGCGUGGCGCUGCUGCCGGGCUCCUCCCCGCAGGACGAGGAGGCGCUGCUGGACGCGCACGUGCCCACGGUGCCGGUGGGGGGGAGUGCGCAGGUGGGCGCAUUCCGCAUCAAGUACACCUGGCGCACCCAGCAGUGGCGCGAGCCGGCCAAUGGCGACACCGAGGCGCCGCUGCUCAUGCUCUCACUGCCAAUGCACCGGCGCAUGGAGGUGAGCGCACACAGCCUCUCCUCUGCCUCCGCCCUCCGCCGUCACCGCAGCGGCUCCCCUUCCGGCGCCAUGGGCGCCCUCCGCGGCCACCACAACUCCGCGUCUGCCAGACCCUCUAUCACACGCGGCAAUGCACCGUGGUCGUCCGUGGGAGAUGAGUCGGUGCCCGAUGCGUCAGUGCUGGCCUACCCCACCAUCGACGGCCAGGCGGUGGGCAUGCAGGGGGCGGUGUGGCGCCUCAAGGUUCCCAAGCGGCCGUCCACGUGGCGCGCAGGGCCACUCUCGUCCGACCCCCAGCUGCUGGACGAGCUGAGGGCCAGCCUCAAGCAGGACGUGGCGGCGCUGCCGCCCCUCUCCUCCCCCUCCACCUACUCCUUCGGCAAGACAGCGGCGCGUGCCGCCCGCCUGGCGCUGAUCGCAAAGCAGGUGCGGGAUGAGGACAGCCUGGCCGCCGUGCUGCCACCCCUGCGGACCGCGCUCUCCGCAUGGCUGGACGGCACCUUCUCCGGUAACCGCCUGCUGUACGACCCCACGUGGGGUGGCGUGGUGAGUGAGGCGGGGUCGCGUGACCAGGGGGCGGAGUUUGGAGCGGGCAUGUACAACGACCACCACUUCCACUACGGCUACUUCAUCUAUGCCGCUGCCACCGUCGCCAAGUUUGACCCCACGUGGCGCGACCAGUACCGUGCGCCGCUCAUGGACCUGAUGGCGGACUACAUGUCAGCGGAGCGCACCGCGGCGUUCCCGAGGCUGCGGCACUUUGACGCGUACGCGCUGCACUCGUGGGCCAGCGGGCUGUUUGAAUUCGGCGACGGGCGCAACCAGGAGAGCUUCAGCGAGGCGGCCAACGCGUACUACGCGGCGGCGCUGCUGGCAUCCGUGCUGGGCGACCAGCCGCUCGCCACGCUGGGCGCCACGCUGGCCGCCGUGGAGGCCCUCGCCGGCCAGACCCUCAUGCACGUGCCGCUCGCCUCGUCUAAUCCGGAUCCCUCCCUCUCACCCGGCUACGAGGCGGUGUUUGCGGACGGCAACCGCGUGGUGGGUGUGCUGUGGUCCACCAAGCGUGACGCGGCGCUGUGGUUCGCCCCGCCAGCGGACAUGGAGAAGCGCGUGGGCAUCCAGGUGCUGCCCGUCUCGCCCUUCCUCACCCACCUCUUCCCGGACCACGACUUUGCCAAGCAGCUCGUGGAGUGGGCACAACCCGUGCUGAGUGGCGCUGCCACAGACGAGUGGCGCGGCUUUGCGUGGGCGCUGCAGGCGUUGUACGACCCGCAGGGGGCCAGGACGAACAUUGCUGCUCUAACGGUGUUUGAUGAUGGCAACUCCAAGACCAAUAUGCUCUGGCUGCACCUCUCCAUUCCUUCCACAUCACGUGCACCACAACUGCCUACUAAUACCCAACACCUCCUCCAUGCCCCUUGUGCUGCUCUCUUUCCCCCUCUCUCCAACCUCCACUCCCUCUUUCCCCCACCUCUCCCCCUCGCUGGCGGAUGGUUAAUGGUGGCAACAAAGAGUUGUUUCCCUCCUCUCCCUCCCCCUCCCCAUCCCCACUCCUUGGUGGCAGCAGAGGGACCCCGCAUGGUAUUGUGGCACGCACUCCCACAAUCCCACCUCCCCAUGGUGGCGUUGAGUACACUGACAGUCUUUUCUGAAUUCCUUUUGAUUCAUGUAACGCCUUACCCUCGCAUGCCUGCCGCCAACACACAUGCCCACCAACACACAUGCCCACCAACACACAUGCCCACCAACACACAUGCCCACCAACACUCAUGCCCACCAACACUCAUGCCCACCAACACUCAUGCCCACCAACACUCAUGCCCACCAACACUCAUGCCCACCAACACUCAUGCCCACCAACACUCAUGCCCACCAACACUCAUGCCCACCAACACUCAUGCCCACCAACACUCAUGCCCACCAACACUCAUGCCCACCAACACUCAUGCCCACCAACACUCAUGCCUACCAACACUCAUGCCCACCAACACUCAUGCCCACCAACACUCAUGCCCACCAACACUCAUGCCCACCAACACUCAUGCCCACCAACACUCAUGCCCACCAACACUCAUGCCCACCAACACUCAUGCCCACCAACACUCAUGCCCACCAACACUCAUGCCCACCAACACUCAUGCCCACCAACACUCAUGCCCUACCAACACUCAUGCCCACCAACACUCAUGCCCACCAACACUCAUGCCCACCAACACUCAUGCCCACCAACACUCAUGCCCACCAACACUCAUGCCCACCAACACUCAUGCCCACCAACACUCAUGCCCACCAACACUCAUGCCCACCAACACUCAUGCCCACCAACACUCAUGCCCACCAACACUCAUGCCCACCAACACUCAUGCCCACCAACACUCAUGCCCACCAACACUCAUGCCCACCAACACUCAUGCCCACCAACACUCAUGCCCACCAACACUCAUGCCCACCAACACUCAUGCCCACCAACACUCAUGCCCACCAACACUCAUGCCCACCAACACUCAUGCCCACCAACACUCAUGCCCACCAACACUCAUGCCCACCAACACUCAUGCCCACCAACACUCAUGCCCACCAACACUCAUGCCCACCAACACUCAUGCCCACCAACACUCAUGCCCACCAACACUCAUGCCUACCAACACUCAUGCCCACCAACACUCAUGCCCACCAACACUCAUGCCCACCAACACUCAUGCCCACCAACACUCAUGCCCACCAACACUCAUGCCCACCAACACUCAUGCCCACCAACACUCAUGCCCACCAACACUCAUGCCCACCAACACUCAUGCCCACCAACACUCAUGCCCACCAACACUCAUGCCCACCAACACUCAUGCCCACCAACACUCAUGCCCACCAACACUCAUGCCCACCAACACUCAUGCCCACCAACACUCAUGCCCACCAACACUCAUGCCCACCAACACUCAUGCCCACCAACACUCAUGCCCACCAACACUCAUGCCCACCAACACUCAUGCCCACCAACACUCAUGCCCACCAACACUCAUGCCCACCAACACUCAUGCCCACCAACACUCAUGCCCACCAACACUCAUGCCCACCAACACUCAUGCCCACCAACACUCAUGCCCACCAACACUCAUGCCCACCAACACUCAUGCCCACCAACACUCAUGCCCACCAACACUCAUGCCCACCAACACUCAUGCCCACCAACACUCAUGCCCACCAACACUCAUGCCCACCAACACUCAUGCCCACCAACACUCAUGCCCACCAACACUCAUGCCCACCAACACUCAUGCCCACCAACACUCAUGCCCACCAACACUCAUGCCCACCAACACUCAUGCCCACCAACACUCAUGCCCACCAACACUCAUGCCCACCAACACUCAUGCCCACCAACACUCAUGCCCACCAACACUCAUGCCCACCAACACUCAUGCCCACCAACACUCAUGCCCACCAACACUCAUGCCCACCAACACUCAUGCCCACCAACACUCAUGCCCACCAACACUCAUGCCCACCAACACUCAUGCCCACCAACACUCAUGCCCACCAAACCAACACUCAUGCCCACCAACACUCAUGCCCACCAACACUCAUGCCCACCAACACUCAUGCCCACCAACACUCAUGCCCACCAACACUCAUGCCACCAACACUCAUGCCCACCAACACUCAUGCCCACCAACACUCAUGCCCACCAACACUCAUGCCCACCAACACUCAUGCCCACCAACACUCAUGCCCACCAACACUCAUGCCCACCAACACUCAUGCCCACCAACACUCAUGCCCACCAACACUCAUGCCCACCAACACUCAUGCCUACCAACACUCAUGCCCACCAACACUCAUGCCACCAACACUCCUGCAUCAUGCCCACCAACACUCAUGCCCACCAACACUCAUGCCCACCAACACUCAUGCCCACCAACACUCAUGCCCACCAACACUCAUGCCCACCAACACUCAUGCCCACCAACACUCAUGCCCACCAACACUCAUGCCCACCAACACUCAUGCCCACCAACACUCAUGCCCACCAACACUCAUGCCCACCAACACUCAUGCCCACCAACACUCAUGCCCACCAACACUCAUGCCCACCAACACUCAUGCCCACCAACACUCAUGCCCACCAACACUCAUGCCCACCAACACUCAUGCCCACCAACACUCAUGCCCACCAACACUCAUGCCCACCAACACUCAUGCCCACCAACACUCAUGCCCACCAACACUCAUGCCCACCAACACUCAUGCCCACCAACACUCAUGCCCACCAACACUCAUGCCCACCAACACUCAUGCCCACCAACACUCAUGCCCACCAACACUCAUGCCCACCAACACUCAUGCCCACCAACACUCAUGCCCACCAACACUCAUGCCCACCAACACUCAUGCCCACCAACACUCAUGCCCACCAACACUCAUGCCCACCAACACUCAUGCCCACCAACACUCAUGCCCACCAACACUCAUGCCCACCAACACUCAUGCCCACCAACACUCAUGCCCACCAACACUCAUGCCCACCAACACUCAUGCCCACCAACACUCAUGCCCACCAACACUCAUGCCCACCAACACUCAUGCCCACCAACACUCAUGCCCACCAACACUCAUGCCCACCAACACUCAUGCCCACCAACACUCAUGCCCACCAACACUCAUGCCCACCAACACUCAUGCCCACCAACACUCAUGCCCACCAACACUCAUGCCCACCAACACUCAUGCCCACCAACACUCAUGCCCACCAACACUCAUGCCCACCAACACUCAUGCCCACCAACACUCAUGCCCACCAACACUCAUGCCCACCAACACUCAUGCCCACCAACACUCAUGCCCACCAACACUCAUGCCCACCAACACUCAUGCCCACCAACACUCAUGCCCACCAACACUCAUGCCCACCCAACACUCAUGCCCACCAACACUCAUGCCCACCAACACUCAUGCCCACCAACACUCAUGCCCACCAACACUCAUGCCCACCAACACUCAUGCCCACCAACACUCAUGCCCACCAACACUCAUGCCCACCAACACUCAUGCCCACCAACACUCAUGCCCACCAACACUCAUGCCCCACCAACACUCAUGCCCACCAACACUCAUGCCCACCAACACUCAUGCCCACCAACAUCAUGCCCACCCAACACUCAUGCCCACCAACACUCAUGCCCACCAACACUCAUGCCCACCAACACUCAUGCCCACCAACACUCAUGCCCACCAACACUCAUGCCCACCAACACUCAUGCCCACCAACACUCAUGCCCACCAACACUCAUGCCCACCAACACUCAUGCCCACCAACACUCAUGCCCACCAACACUCAUGCCCACAACACUCAUGCCACCACCACUCAUGCCCAACCAACACUCAUGCCCACCAACACUCAUGCCACCAACACUCAUGCCCACCAACACUCAUGCCCACCAACACUCAUGCCCACCAACACUCAUGCCCACCAACACUCAUGCCCACCAACACUCAUGCCCACCAACACUCAUGCCCACCAACACUCAUGCCCACCAACACUCAUGCCCACCAACACUCAUGCCCACCAACACUCAUGCCCACCAACACUCAUGCCCACCAACACUCAUGCCCACCAACACUCAUGCCCACCAACACUCAUGCCCACCAACACUCAUGCCCACCAACACUCAUGCCCACCAACACUCAUGCCCACCAACACUCAUGCCCACCAACACUCAUGCCCACCAACACUCAUGCCCACCAACACUCAUGCCCACCAACACUCAUGCCCACCAACACUCAUGCCCACCAACACUCAUGCCCACCAACACUCAUGCCCACCAACACUCAUGCCCACCAACACUCAUGCCCACCAACACUCAUGCCCACCAACACUCAUGCCCACCAACACUCAUGCCCACCAACACUCAUGCCCACCACACUCAUGCCCACCAACACUCAUGCCCACCAACACUCAUGCCCACCCAACACUCAUGCCCACCAACACUCAUGCCCACCAACACUCAUGCCCACCAACACUCAUGCCCACCAACACUCAUGCCCACCAACACUCAUGCCCACCAACACUCAUGCCCACCAACACUCAUGCCCACCAACAACUCAUGCCCACCAACACUCAUGCCCACCAACACUCAUGCCCACCAACACUCAUGCCCACCAACACUCAUGCCCACCAACACUCAUGCCCACCAACACUCAUGCCCACCAACACUCAUGCCCACCAACACUCAUGCCCACCAACACUCAUGCCCACCAACACUCAUGCCCACCAACACUCAUGCCCACCAACACUCAUGCCCACCAACACUCAUGCCCACCAACACUCAUGCCCACCAACACUCAUGCCCACCAACACUCAUGCCCACCAACACUCAUGCCCACCAACACUCAUGCCCACCAACACUCAUGCCCACCAACACUCAUGCCCACCAACACUCAUGCCCACCAACACUCAUGCCCACCAACACUCAUGCCCACCAACACUCAUGCCCACCAACACUCAUGCCCACCAACACUCAUGCCCACCAACACUCAUGCCCACCAACACUCAUGCCCACCAACACUCAUGCCCACCAACACUCAUGCCCACCAACACUCAUGCCCACCAACACUCAUGCCCACCAACACUCAUGCCCACCAACACUCAUGCCCACCAACACUCAUGCCCACCAACACUCAUGCCCACCAACACUCAUGCCCACCAACACUCAUGCCCACCAACACUCAUGCCCACCAACACUCAUGCCCACCAACACUCAUGCCCACCAACACUCAUGCCCACCAACACUCAUGCCCACCAACACUCAUGCCCACCAACACUCAUGCCCACCAACACUCAUGCCCACCAACACUCAUGCCCACCAACACUCAUGCCACCAACACUCAUGCCCACCAACACUCAUGCCCACCAACACUCAUGCCCACCAACACUCAUGCCCACCAACACUCAUGCCCACCAACACUCAUGCCCACCAACACUCAUGCCCACCAACACUCAUGCCCACCAACACUCAUGCCCACCAACACUCAUGCCCACCAACACUCAUGCCCACCAACACUCAUGCCCACCAACACUCAUGCCCACCAACACUCAUGCCCACCAACACUCAUGCCCACCAACACUCAUGCCCACCAACACUCAUGCCCACCAACACUCAUGCCCACCAACACUCAUGCCCACCAACACUCAUGCCCACCAACACUCAUGCCCACCAACACUCAUGCCCACCAACACUCAUGCCCACCAACACUCAUGCCCACCAACACUCAUGCCCACCAACACUCAUGCCCACCAACACUCAUGCCCACCAACACUCAUGCCCACCAACACUCAUGCCCACCAACACUCAUGCCCACCAACACUCAUGCCCACCAACACUCAUGCCCACCAACACUCAUGCCCACCAACACUCAUGCCCACCAACACUCAUGCCCACCAACACUCAUGCCCACCAACACUCAUGCCUACCAACACUCAUGCCCACCAACACUCAUGCCCACCAACACUCAUGCCCACCAACACUCAUGCCCACCAACACUCAUGCCCACCAACACUCAUGCCCACCAACACUCAUGCCCACCAACACUCAUGCCCACCAACACUCAUGCCCACCAACACUCAUGCCCACCAACACUCAUGCCCACCAACACUCAUGCCCACCAACACUCAUGCCCACCAACACUCAUGCCCACCAACACUCAUGCCCACCAACACUCAUGCCCACCAACACUCAUGCCCACCAACACUCAUGCCUACCAACACUCAUGCCCACCAACACUCAUGCCCACCAACACUCAUGCCCACCAACACUCAUGCCCACCAACACUCAUGCCCACCAACACUCAUGCCCACCAACACUCAUGCCCACCAACACUCAUGCCCACCAACACUCAUGCCCACCAACACUCAUGCCCACCAACACUCAUGCCCACCAACACUCAUGCCCACCAACACUCAUGCCCACCAACACUCAUGCCCACCAACACUCAUGCCCACCAACACUCAUGCCCACCAACACUCAUGCCCACCAACACUCAUGCCCACCAACACUCAUGCCCACCAACACUCAUGCCUACCAACACUCAUGCCCACCAACACUCAUGCCCACCAACACUCAUGCCCACCAACACUCAUGCCCACCAACACUCAUGCCCACCAACACUCAUGCCCACCAACACUCAUGCCUACCAACACUCAUGCCUACCAACACUCAUGCCUACCUUCCUAAUUUUAAUGGUGGGAGCAGAGGGACCCUGCAUGCUCUCCCCCAAACCCACCUUCCCUCCUAUCUCCUCUCAGCUGCUUCUACCAGCCACCUCCUCAUGGUGGCAUGCCGUGGGGGGAGGGCGACUCAGGGGAGGUAA